AUGACAUCUUCACCUUCACCUUGCAGCUUCAACGUCCUGCCUCGCAUCCUCACCCGCCAUGCCAGUAAGCUCCCCAAGUCCUACUCGACGUCCAAAGCUCAUCCACUAAACCACUCCUCCUUCUCUCAGCUCAUCAUCGUCUCCGGCCUCCCCACAUCAGGCAAAACCACACGCGCAAAGCAACUCUAUGACUACCUAUCAACCCGUAUUGCGGAGACCCAACCGCCCAAGUACCGCCUACACCUCAUAUCCGACGACUCCCUCUCAGUAUCCCGCGCAGUCUACGACCUCUCCCCCGACACCGUCCGCCUCCACACCCGCUCAGCGAACUCCUCCGAAAAGGAUGCCCGAGCCGCCUUGUACGGCGCCGUGAAGCGCGUCCUCUCCGACAAGGACUUUGUCAUCCUCGAUGGGCUGAACUACAUUAAGGGGUGGCGGUACCAACUUCACUGCGAGGCGAAAGCCAUGAGGACGCCGAAUUGCAUACUACGGGUUGCGUGCUCGGUAGAGCAGGCGAGAGCCGUCAACCAAGAGCGACUACAACAAGACGCUACUGCUCAGACGGAGCGAGACAAUAGCGAGCAAAGCGCAAGUGAAGUGGCGGAAGCGUAUGCGAGCGAAAACUGGGAGAAUCUCGUCUUCCGAUAUGAGGAGCCUAAUCCUAUGACGCGGUGGGAUUCACCCCUCUUCGCUGUGCUGUGGGAGGAUGACGAGGCGCAAACGAGACGGACGUUUGACCAGCUCUGGGAUGCUAUGGCUGGGGAGGGACGAAAAGUCGUCAAGCCGAAUCAGUCUACCAUUCAGAGAGGCCGAGACGCCGGCGGUGAUUACUUGUACGUGCUUGAGCGGGAGACACAGGAUAUUGUGAAGAGGAUACUGGAGCAGCAGGGUGAUGAGGGGGGCGGCGAGGUAAAAGUACCGCUUACUACCGGGGAUAAGGAAGAUUUGGUGGUGGAUUUGCCGGCUGGGAAAAAGGUUGGCUUGCCGCAGCUGCAGAGGUUGAGGAGGGCGUUUGUUGGGUUGAAUAGGGGCGGUAUUGGGCUGGAGAGUGUUGGGAAUAUGGAGGCGGAUGGGAUGAGGGAGGUGUUUGUGAGGUAUUUGAAUGAUGCUUUUGAGAAGGAUGAGUGA